AUGGCGGCCACACUGCUCACGCUGCAAGUUGAGGGUGCCUCGGGUAGUGAGCUGACGCUGACUUCUGCCAGCGUGAGCUCAGAGGACGUUCCGACGCUGGUUCAGGCUCUGAACCAGGAUGGGCGAGCAGAGCGCGUGAGGACGCUGACCCUUGAGCGGCUCAGCGUCGCCAACUACGAUGUGCUGGCGCCCCUCGUGGCCUGCUGCCCCAAUACAGAAUGCUUGCGACUCAAUCGGCUGGUCAUCCGACCCGAGUCUGGGGCAGCCACGGCUUCGGCUGGCUUGCUGGGCCAGCAAAUAGGCUCGCUGCGCCACCUACGCGAGCUCAAUCUCGACCACAACGACCUGCGGGACGCGGUGUUGUUGCAGCUGGGCCGAGGCCUCGAGCACGCACCGGCACUGCACACCCUCUCCCUGCGUGACAAUGAAUUGACGGCAGAUGCAGGCAUAGCCAUGGCCAAGGUUCUUAUUGGCGUGCCUUCCCUCCAGCAACUUGACCUGAGCCUCAACAAUCUAGGUGACUCUGGCAUUGUCGCCCUCUCCCAUUCGGCCGGUGCUAGUGGACUGCGUGGCCUGCAUCUCGAUGGCAACUUUGUCACUGCCGUCGGUGGUGAAGCACUCGCAGACUCCCUGUGCAUGAGCCAGUCCUUGGAGGAGCUGAGCGUACAGGACAAUAAACUUGGGGACCAAGGCAUGGCAGCCAUCGAGCGGCUGUUGGAACAAAUUCCCACCCUGACUCGCCUCUCCAGUCGUGGCAAUAAGUCAAUGCUCUCUGGUACAGCAAUUUAG